ACAACAUCCGUCAAAAGCACAGCAGCCUGCGAGCACUCUACACAGAAAUGUAGUAAAACUUUAAGUACAAUGAGUGCGUUUUGAAAGUGCUUUUAUCCUCGACCAGUUUAAGAUAAUAAUUUGUCCGGCUCAGUCUCAGAGAAGAUUAGUCGGCAAAUUAGUCCGUUGCCGUUGUGCAGUCUAAACAUAGCUUUAAAAUUCGCAUAUCGCCGUCGCACCCGCCAAAAUCGUAACAAUGACAGUUAUUUCGAAUGUGUUUGUGUGCGAGUCCAAUAACACGAACAUUGAUGGUUCCUACCGGGAGAUCAUGCAGGACCUGGUGCCGAGCUGGAUUUUCGCCCUAGAGUACAUGCCCUGGCUGUGGGCCAUGUUUGGUUCCAUCCUCGUCGGGCUUAGUGGUGUGCUGCCCCUCCUUGUCAUCCCAAUUGACCACACCGACGACUUGAAACAAGGAGAUGGCGCCAACAAACUGAAAACUUUGCUCAGUUUUGCAGUUGGCGGACUUUUGGGAGACGUUUUCCUUCAUUCCUUACCAGAAAUCUGGGCCAAUGAUGUGGCCAAUAACGGUGGCCACACAACUUCCAGCAGCGGCAUUCUGAUAUUAACUGGUCUCAUAGUUUUCGUAGCUGCCGAGAAGCUAUUUACUGUGAUAGAAAAAGUUGGCGAGAGACAACAAGAAAAGAACAACACUGCCGAAAAUAACAACACAAAAGGGUUGAAAGAAGAGAACAAAACAUCAUUUGUCACAGGAUACCUAAACCUGGUCGCCAACACAAUAGACAACUUCACCCACGGCCUCUCGUUGGGCGGCGCCUUCCUAGUUUCCCUCCGACUGGGGCUCUUCACCACGUUCGCCAUCCUAGUGCAUGAAAUUCCACACGAGGUGGGCGACUUCGCCAUCCUACUUAAGUCGGGCUUCACGAGGUGGCACGCGGCCACUUUCCAGUUGCUGACAGCUGGGGGAGGCCUUAUAGGCGCCCUGUCGGCUAUAACAUUCAGCGGAGCCAAGAACUCCAUGGAAGCCAGGACAUCCUGGAUAUUGCCUUUCACAGCGGGCACCUUCCUCCAUAUCGCUCUGGUCACAGUUCUUCCUGACCUGUUGAAGGAAGAGGACCCUAAGGAGUCCUUAAAACAACUGUUCGCCCUGAUUUUCGGCAUCACGCUCAUGGCAUGCGUGACGAAUGCUUUCGAAUGAACUUGAUUCGGAGAGGCGUUUUUGAGUUGCCAUAUUUUACUGUAUUUAAUAGUUCUUGUACAUAUAUAACGAUGUAACAGUAUUUCUAAGGUAAAAUAGUUUGAGUAGAACAUAGGGUGUUCUUCAGAGCAGGGUGUCCGCGUGUAUAAAUUUCCACAUAUCCAAAAUAUAUCGGAUGAAGUUUGGAUGGUCGUCACAAUACGUGUCGUGUAUAUAAUUGAGGGAUGAUAUCUGUAACAAAUAUAAAGGUACAACAGACAAAAAUUGUAUAAACCAAUUGUUUAACAGUAUUAGUAAGUUUCAUAUGUGUUUACAAUUUGUGAAAUUGCAAGAUUUAUUACGUUUUAAUUAAUUACCUGGGAAAAUAUAAAGUAUGCAAGCCGUAUCAAUUUAACAUUAAUAAAUUGCUCAAAAAAUAGUUUUUAAAAUGUUUUUUUUGACAUGAAAUAGUGAAAACAUAAAAUGUUUAAAUUUAUGAGGCAGUUUCAUUACUAAUACUUUAAAAUUGUGCCCCUAAUUUUGAAAUUAUUAGAUUACAAGUUAUCAUAUCAUAUAGAAUUUACUUUAAACGAAUUGUGAAUCACAAGUGCUUUGGAAAGUUUAAAUAUUUUAGCGGUUUUAUGGACCUAUAAGGAAUGGGAAGAAAAUCCCUUAGAUCUCUUCCUUUUCUGAUAUUGGAAUAAAAAGAACCCCUUAGAUUUAUAUUUUUAUUUAAAAAAAUAUAUAUACAUACACUCAUUGUUUCCUAGACAACCUUCACAAGUUAAGUAAAAACAAAUAUUUUGUGAUACUAUUAUCUAUUUCAGAAUAUAUAUGUAGUACUUAAAAGUGCUCUUAUAUAUUUUAUAUCAACUUCCAUUGUAAAUAUGAUAUAUUUUAAAUAAAGAGCAUCUAAGUUUA